AUGCGAGUGCACACCCAUUUGGAUCUGAGAAACUUGUACUCUGGUUACUUUUUGACAGCCAUCCCUGCAAAAACAGCGGAACUUGCAGAGACGGAGUCAAAGGAUAUAACUGUAGCUGUGCACCAGGAUUUCACGGAACACAGUGUGAAAAUAUUGAAGGCCUGUCUUGUUCAACAGGUUUUCACGNACGGGAUACGGUGUGAAAAGAUUGAAGGCCUGUCUUGUUCAACAGCUUAUCGGAUAAUUUUUCAGGAACAGCUUUCCACCAAAAGUUACGCCAAGAAAGAAAACGCCACUUCAUCCAAGCUCUCGGAAUUUACCGUGUGCUUUUUUGUUAAAAGCAAGGAUAUAAAUUCAACGAGUUCCCAGUGCCUCUUCAGUUACGCAGAAGCUUCUCAUAUAAAAGGAAAUGGUAUUUCUAUUUUCUUGAAUAAUCCAAGAAUUGAUGUCAUGGUGGAUGUAUCGGGAUCACAUGGUACAGACACCGGAGUUAAGAUAAAUGACACCAUGUGGCAUCACAUCUGUGUUACCUGGAAAAGUACAAAAGGCACCUGGCAGCUUUAUCUUGAUGGACAACUCCGAAACAGUGGAACAGGCUUGAAGGAAGGCUACCAGGUUCCAUCCGGCGGAACAGUCGUUAUUGGACAAGAUCAAGAUACAGUUGGAGGGGGCUUCAACAUUGAAGAUAGUUUUGGACCGGGUGAGGUGACAGAGGUUAAUCUUUGGAGCAGGGUCCUGUCAGCGAGUGAUAUUGCAGAACAGUAUGCAAACUGCAACAUUACCGAAGUCGACUUGAUGCACGGGUGGAAACAAUUCAAAGAUGGCCUUACAAAUCUGACAAUAAUCGAGCCUUGAACCGAACAUUGAGCAGAACUGAGAUAAUUUUUUUAAUUUAAUCGUAAUACAAACGCUUAAAUCUAUAAAGUAACUGCAGUAAACCCAUUAGAUGUAAAUCCGAACUAAACCAACGUUUCAACUACAUUCUAUGUUAUCCUUGACUUCCGGUAAGAAGACGAAUGGAGCAGAUCUUUAUACCCGUAAGCUAAGUGAUGCCUCAGGGACCUAUUAUAUCCAAAUUUGACUCGUACUUCUAGGAAUAUCGAGAAUUGAUGGACUGCUCACAGAAAAAUCAGAUUGUUUUGUAUAUUGCUAUAACACUCCUUUGGAUGAGGGAUCUAUGGAAAAUUUGUGAAGGUCACAGCGAGGUGAACCUUUAUUAAGCAGCACCGUAUCAAGCGGUAACCCUGUCAAGCUAAGCGAUCCAAUUUUCCAAGUCGUUUUUCAAAUUCCUUCCCCUAUUUACUUUUAUUUAAAUCGGUUACGACUACACUUAUUCACUUGAGUCCCAGCGGUCUCAACGGCCUGUUUGUAUCGUCCUUUAUCUGUCGUGAACGGUCACUUACAGCGGAAUCAUUCAAAAUAAAACUAAGAAUAAUC